CAACCGGAAGAGGCGUAGGGAAUUGACGACAGGGAUUGCAGCCAAUGGAGGCGGGGCCCAGCCCGGAAGCAGCUUCGGUGCGGCAGGUACCUGGAGCAGGUGUGAACCCACAGUAUGCCAAGGAGGCAGAGGCCAAAGAGCCUGAAGCACUUAUGCCUAAGGAAUGUGGCAGCUAAUAUGAAGAAUGUGUGGGCCAAGGACUACACGGAGAAUUACCUGAGCGAGUAUUUUUUCCUUUACCUUGUGGGGCCAUUCAACGACCUGGCCUCCAACCUGGUCCAGGAUCUGCUGCAGCUGUUGGGUAAAACUCGUCGGCUGAACAGAGCUUUUCUUCACCUGCUGUUGGUGCCCCACCUGUUGGAGCUGAGUCUGAGGAGCUGCUCUGGGCUGGUCAAUAACACCAUCGGCCGGAUCAUUAGUGCCCGGUGCCAGGCUCUGACCUCUCUGGACUUGCACGGAUGCAGCAGGAUACAGUCCCACACGCUGGUGGACCUCAUCGAGAGCCUGCCACGCCUCCGCAGGCUGAUGCUUUCGGGCACGCAGUGUGACGGCCAGGUUUUGCUGGCAGUGGGGCGAGGCUGUGGGGAUCUGCAGGAGCUGGACGUGUCGCGCUGCAGGGAGGUGACACCCCUGGACCUACUGCAGCUGGUGUACGACAGGGUGCGGGCCACCUUCCGCCCCCUCCGGCUGCGCAGGCUGCUGGCUGAGGACACCUCACCCUUGCCCUCGCCCUCUGACUACGCCUCGGCCCUGGCCUUCCUUCUGCUGGCUCUGCCUGGGCUGGAGUACGUUGCCAACCCGUGCCUCCCCGAGGCGCUAACCCUCAUCCACCAACGGCACUUUGGGAAGGGACAGGACUUCCUCCAGACGGGGGGCUUUCCCUGCCUGGCGGAGUUGGCCCAGUGCGAGGUGCAGGCUGGCAGCCCUGCCUCACUGUCCCUCAAGAGGCUGGAGGUCGCCUCUGGCCACAACCUCUGCGCCCUGACAUCGAUGUGCAGAGCAGUAGAGGAGGUGGUGAUGACCUGUGAUGGGGGUCUACAGGAAUUGUGGCACCUGCAGUCCUGGGAACAGCUGAACCAACUGGUGCUGGAAUGUGAUGGGUUUCAGGAGAGGCCGCUGGGGGACGUAACCCUAUUCCUUGCCCAGUUCGGCUCUCGCCUUCGUCUCCUCUCUCUCAUCAACUUCCAGCUUGAAUCUUCUCUCGGGGAUGUCCUGCGAUUCUGCCCCAAUCUCCGGCUUUUCCAGGCCCAGCUUCACCCCUCUGUGGGAGCAUUGGAAUGUGUGCCAACAGAUGAGGAGGCUGAGGACCAUCUGCCUUUUUCCAGCUGGACGUUCGUCCAUUUAAAAGACUUCAGUGUGAGGAUUGUGGACUCCCCAUUGAGAGCUGCCUCCCUGCCCCGCAGCUCACAGCUCCCCCUGCAGUCAGCUCUGAUCUCUGUGCUGGCCGGCUCUCCCCACCUCAGCAGACUAUCGCUGGUCAACAUCCCUGUGUGUCUGGACCGGGUUUUCCAGCAGGUCCUGGAGCACCCGGGCUCCCUGGUACAGCUGACGGAGCUGAGUCUGGCUCACAGCGUGGUUUCUAGCUCCACCAUUGGGCAGCUGAUGGCUGCAGACAAUGAAAUGUCCACACUGGACCUCCGGCACUGCCAGCACAUCCACCGGCGGCACUAUGACCGCUUUGUGAAGGAGGCCGCGAAGAAGAACUAUGAUCUGCAGAUCCUUUGGGAAUGAGGAAUGAGAGGAGUCUGGCUGGGGCAUCCUACAGGUCCGGUGGUAACCACCGUCCAGCCUUAGCCCGUUCAGAGUGGAGGUCAGCUGGUGACUGGGGCAAAGCUACCCCUCUGGUUGGCUUUGUGUAGUGGGAGGAACUGAAUGGGGUGGUGCAAGUAGAGAGGGGGAAUCUCAUUAGGAGGAUGAAGGUGGAGGGGUCAGAAUGUUAGAAGAAUGGAGGGUUAUGAGGGAGGGAAGGGUUAGAUUGAUCUUGGAGUGGGUUAAAGGGUCAGCACAACAUAAUGACCAAAGGGUCUUUUCUGUGUCACCCUAUGAGAGGACCUGUCCUGGGACCAACACAUAAAUACCAUCACAAGAAGGCAUCACUGUGCCUCUGAUUUCUUAAAAAUUUGCAUAGUCUCAGCAUGUCACCAAAAACGUUUGCGAAACCCCGAUCUGUACAGUGGAGGGAUAUCUUUCCUGGUUCCACCAAAGCUUAGUAUAGCAGCACCAAUGUUCAGAAAGAGGGAGAGCCCAGUCAGUCACAGGCAAAGUCCUCCCCACCACUGAGCACAUUCACAAGCACGGGCACGAGGAAACAGCAGCCACUAUGCACUCUGUGCUCUCUUCUCACGACUACCACUGGGGAGGAGGGUUCCCACACCACCAGGUUCAAGAACAGUUACUACCCUAUAGGCUCCUGAACCAAUGUAGAGAACUUCAUCCAUUUCAACUCUGAACUGAUUCCAUAACCUACAGACUCAAACACUCUUCAUGAUUUGUUCUUGGUAUUAAUUUCUUUGCAUGUUGGUUGUUUAUCAGUCUUUGUUUUUGGAUGGAUUUUCCAUAGUUUCUAUUGUAUUUCUUAAUUUUUCUUGUAAAUGCUUACAAAUUAUUCUCAAAGUAGCAUAUAGUAAUGUAUCUAUUUAUAAUAAAUGUACUUUUAACUUUGAUACCAAACCCUCUGGGCAGAGG